GUUCGACAUGGAGAACAUUGCUAUAGCAUUUAGUCUGCUGCUGCUGGUGGGAAGUGGUCGAGGCCACCUGCUGGCAGGUCAGCCGGCCAUCGACCUUCGCAUCCAGGCACAGGAGCAACUAAUCUCUCAGAACAAUGAUACCGCCUAUGUCCAGCGUUUGAUGCGCCUAUCCAAGUCUGCAGAGAUGCGCAGCUAUAUGCAUCCUGAAGUGGAGGCCUGCGACAACUUCUACGAGUACAGCUGCGGAAAUUGGCCGCAGAUCAAUCCGGCCAACGAUGCCUAUCCGCGGGAGACCAACUUGGAGCAGUUGCUGGUCAAGGCAUAUCGCCACAAACAGCAGCGUCUGAUGGAGCAGCCGGCGAAUGAGGAAACGGACGAUGUGGCUGUUCUCCGACUCAAAGAGUUCUAUGCCAGCUGUCUGCUGUUCCGACAAACAUCAGAGGAUCUCUAUCAGCGUCGGUUGCAGGAAAUUGUUGCCGAAUUCGGACGGAUGCCCGUCUUGAGCCCUUUGGGUCAGGAGUGGCCAGGCGAAGAGUUUGAUUGGUUGAACACUGUGGCACAGAUCAAGCGAAAGUACGGCUUUGAUAUAAUUUUGCUUUUCCAGUUGACUGCGGAUCGCAUCUAUGUGGGUCAGCCGAAACAGAUUCUUCGGAAGGCCAGUCCACAGGCUGCAGCUGAUGUCAUAGCCGAUCAGCUGGAGCGCCACCUGGGAGUGGAUCCAAAGCUGGCCAAGACAACGGCUCGAGAAAUCGCAGACUUCGAGAAUUUGAUUAGCAUCAGUAUGUUUAGUUACAGAGUUGGAUCUAUGUCCAUAUUGCGUCCCCUCAAUGGCUCGGAUGAACACGAUUUUGAAACAGCUAAUCUAACCCGGUAUGCUGAAACUGUUCUUGAUCGCGAAUUGGGAGCCAACGAGACUCUCUACGAGCAUGUGCCUAGUUAUCUUAAAGGCUUGGCUGUCUUAAUGGCGGACUUUGAGCCGCACGUGGUGGCCAACUAUAUCUUCAAUGAGCUUCUCAAGCACUUCUACUAUGAGAGGUCGGGAUCUGUGGUGGAACAGUGUGUUAGCCGAGUGAGAGCCCUUUUUCCUGAACUCCUUGACAACAUGGUAUUCAAGCAGUAUGGAGAUGCAGAUACCCUCAGCGAUAUAAACGGCGUCUGGCAGCAGAUCCAGGAUAGCUUUCGGGGCUUACUUCAAAACUCUUCUGCUGACUGGUUGACUUCGGAGACGCGAGAACAACUGAUGGAGCAGCUGAAUACCACCAGACUAGUGAUCAAUGGAUACGCAGAUGUUAAUUUUACCCAGCGUUAUGAGCUACUAAAGCUAGAGCCACGGGAUUAUCUUCACAAUCUUAAGACCGUACUAAACCAACAGAGUUUAAGGGCCAAAGUAAAGACCGAGACAUCUAUGACCUACAAUCCUGUGGAAAAAAUAGUCCUGCUUCCAGUGGCAUUGCUUCAACCAAACUUUCUGUGGUCCCGUUACUAUCCCAAGGCCGUGCGUUACGGCAGCCUCGGCAUUUUACUGGCCCAACAGUUGGCCCACAGCCUGGAAGAUGCCUCCAAAUGGGAUGGCAAAUCAUUUGCCGAGUAUGCCAAGCGGAAAGCAUGCUUCAAAGAGCACUAUGGCCGACUACGGCUCAAUGGACAGUAUUUGCCGGAGAGUGAUCUGCAGGCGGAAAACAUAGCCGACAAUCUGGCUAUUCAAGUGGCCUACCACGCUUACAAAAGAUACUUAGGAGAGUUGGACCCAUCUUUCUUGGGCUCGGAAUCACUGCCACAUCUUAAUCUCAGUUCCCGAAGGCUGUUCUUCCUAACAUUCAGCCAGCUGUUAUGCAAUGACGCCGACGAGAACUUCCGGGACAAGCAAUCCCUGCUG